AUGAUCGUACCUGCGGCGGCGGCGCUGCUGCUAGCGCUGUGCGUCUCCGAGGCCCAGCCCGGCGUGCUGCUGGCGCGCCCGGCCGCGCCGGCGCACUACUCCUUCAGCUACGGCGUGAGCGACGCGUCGACGGGCGACGCCAAGGCGCAGCAGGAGACGCGCAGCGGGGGCGUGGUCAAGGGCAGCUACUCGCUCAUCGAGCCCGACGGCAGCCGGCGCACCGUGCAGUACUUCGCCGACCCCGUGCACGGCUUCAACGCCGUCGUGCACCGCGAGCCCGCCGUGGCCGCCGCCGCCCCCGUGGCGGUGGCCGUCCCCAAGGCGGUGCUGGCGCCGGCCGCGCCCGUCGCCCUCGCCUACAAGCAGGCGCUGGCGCCGGCGCUCGCCUACAAGCAGGCCUACGUCGUGCCCAAGCUGCCCUACUACCAGCACGCCGCCAGCGCCAGCAGCACCACUGUGUUGGGGCCGCACGCCAGCUACUCUUACUGA